CCUCGCUACCUCAGAGACACUUAGACUUUCCGAGAUGAAGUAUCUAUUUAAGGUUCAAAUGACAUGCGAGGGCUGCUCUAAAGCUAUCGGUCGCGUUCUUACCCGUCUGGGUGUAGACAAACUGGAAAUAUCUUUGCCAAACCAAUCUGUACUUGUGGUUACCGACAAAGCGUAUGACACUGUUUUGAACACAAUUAAAAAAACCGGAAAGACAGUACAUUCUGGAACAACACUGGAGGACUAAACUGAACCACUUAAUUUUACGGCCUCAAACUUCUUGUUCUUCUUGGUUUCUUUUUUGGUUACCUUUGUUAUCUAUUCAUCCCAUUUACUUUGGUUAAAAUCUUCUGUUACGUAUCUUUCUUCUUUAUCAUUAUGAUUGUUCGCAUAUCAUUUCUAUACCACUAUAAUAUGGUCUGAAAACCAAAUCGUUUGUGGCUUUCACACUAUCUUCCUUAGAAUGGCUUGUUACGAGAUUGCUCCUUCAAUUGCUUCAGGUAUCGUUCUAUAAUUGUUGUCAGCUGGCCAUUUUGCGCUUGGAUGGUAUCUUGCAUAUCUUUUUCAACUUUGCGGCAUUCAUCUUCGGACCAAACUUUUGACAGCUUUCUUCUGGCCAACUUCUUUUGGAAGCUGGUUCUCACAAGUCGUAUGGCUACUUUUGUCCUAUCUUCCUGUUCUUUUAUUUGCUUCGCAAGAGCUUUUAAUGUUUCAAGAGUGGUUUCUUGUAAACGAACUUGAAUUGUUACACUGUCUUUCAGAACCGGUUGCAUACGAAGAUUGGAAGAUGUGAUUGCCUUCAUUAUGUACUUAACAUCUUGUGGAGAGUACGGUUUUAUGUUCAGGACCUUCCCAGAGACCCGGCUAAUUGCUGCUAUGUCCUUUAACAAAUGUUCUUCCUGUUUUGGUUUACUGACCAUGACGUGUUCAAGUUGAUUUACAUUUCCCUGCUGACUAUCCGUUGCCAUGACUUUCAACGUUGAUGUCAGUUUUUCCGGGAUACCCUGAAGUUUCUGUUUGAGAUCAUAUAUAAAGUCUUCAGGUGUGGAGACAUUGACGUUGACGUCUCGAUUGAUGUCUCGAAUCUUACUUUGUUUUGAUUUUGAUUUGUAACUUAUUGCUGUUCUACUGAAGUAGCGAAAACCGUUCUCAGCAUUCUUUCCAGGAUUGAGCAGCUUCAGCAUUACGAGUUUGCAGCAACUGACUGGCUGAAACAUUGUAAAAGAAAAAGCUUGGAGUUGGUUACAUUUACGUCAAUUAUGCAACCCCGUAGGUAAAAUUGUUUACCUAACCUUUGACUAUAUCUCCUUAGACCUCACUAUAUUACGUUGGUGUACUCAUUAAGAAUGAUCGAUUACUAAACGCUGCUUGACUUGGAAUUAUAGUUCCGUUGCGUCUUUUUUUCUCAUUCGAACACGGUGAGAAUGGUACGAACCACGCGUGUCCUAUCUUGACACCACCGUUGCCAUCUUCCUCUAUGAUAUAUAUCAUAAUAAAAUUGUAAAACAGCGUCUCGCAUGCGUAGUAGUUGUAAAAGAUACAUACAGUCUUCAUUGA